GGGUGCUGAACGCCGCUGCGAGCGAACUGCACCCCACGGCCUCUUUCACAUCUCCUGCCAAGAUUCCGCUAAACUGGAAGGGGGCUAAUGUCUGUCAUUUGUCUCCACAGUGGCGUCGCUGCGAUGUUUAUUGUAACGAGUGGCGGCCUCCCUGCUGCGUUGGCUUUGACGCGCAAAGUGCUGCGUUAAAUACGGCGCCUUAUUCAUCCCCGUUGCUUCUGGGCUACGCUGCAGGGACGCGAUGACACGAGCGCGUCAUUGCUGCUGCUGCUGUUGCUGCUGCUUCUCGUGUUGCGCGGGACUGAACUCAACACGCUGAGACUCUCGCAGUAAGGACGCCGUCAUCACGCGGUCUCUUUCCAUCAUCUGCACCACCACCACCAGCAGCUGCUGCUGCUGCUGCUGCUACUGCUGCUGCCUGCCAUCGUCGUCGCCGUAGGAAAGCCACGAUUCUGCUCCGUUGGCUCCUCGCCCGCUCCGGGAACACGGAGAGGCGGGAGGCGCCGCGGGCCCGGGCCGUGCGGGCCCCGGGUGUGAGCAUGCCCGACGAGCGGGCCAAGCGGCCCGACAAGGCGCCCACCUACACGGGCGACAAGAAGGCGAAAGUGGCGGGCAACACGAACCGCAAGUGGGUGCGCCUCGUCACCGUGCUCGUGUACGUGCUCUCCGUGUCCCUCGCCGCCAUCAUCCUCGCCGUCUACUACUGCCUCAUCUGGAGGCCCGUGCACGCCUUGCCCGCUCCCACACAGCCGGAGCGGGCAAGCCUCGCGCCGGCCUCAACGCUUAUGGACUCAUCAUCAUCCUCCUCUACCUCCGCCUCCUCCUCCUCCCCUUUCUCAUCGUCCUUCUCGCCAUCACCACCGCCAUCGUCCUCGCUCUUGGACAAACCCGCGACGUCCUCUAAGAGUGGCCACGGCGAGGCGGGGGCACAGCCAGGGAUGGGUGGACCGUAGUCGAACCGGGCUCGCCGACGUGAGCGGCCAAGAGGAGGCCGGUGGCACACGCAGGAGGACGAGGAUGGCGACCGCCACGCGACACGGGGAGCUCCCGCGGUGGCACCUGCGCCGCUUUACCUGCGCGGCGCUCACGGGGACGACGAAGCGCUCCGUCAUUCGCCCCGCGCGUGAACCGCGCGUGAUCUGCGUACCCCCCGUGGGUCGUUUCCACCGUAGUCUGUCCGCUGUUGGAUGAAGGCGUUUCCCCAACGCCCCGUCGCCUUUCCUUCACCGUCUCGCCACGCCACGAUCCAUUUUCACACCAGCACAUGAGCCCAUCUCGUUUGCUCCGUCUUCGCGGUGGUCGUCCUCCUCUCGGGGCACGUUUUUUCACCGUUGGGCUGAUAUUCCGUCACCAAUCUCGUCCAUUGACCGUCGUCCCCCUUCUGGAGUCCUGCCCAAGUUCACCCACUUGCUUAGUUUAACAAUCAAUAUGAUGUCUUGAACGUGCGUGUGUUCCAUGACCCAUGUGUUCCCUUGCUCGUGUCUCUCAAUGUAAUUCCAAGCGUGCAUCUCUCCGUGCGUUCUGUGCACCGUCUUAGUUUGUAUUCUAUCUUGAAUGUUCGUGUCAUUUUUUCCAUUUAUAUGCCACAAUGGGCAGUAUUUGCACUGAUUUAAGACGUUCCUCUUCGCGCAAAUUGAUAUGCUACGUUUCAAUUUUUAGGUUUAGUUUAGAAAAGAUAUCUGACCUGCCCUGGUUCGCCUCUUUCGUUAACUUGAAACACAUUUUAUAGCUGCAAAUCCCACUGUCUUCUUAACAAUGAUUAUAUCGUUGAAAACAUCUGCUAUGCAUGACCUUUGUGUUGCCCGUAUUCAUCUUGUGCCUAACUUCGGGGCCUACAUUAUUAUAUUCUGCAAUAAUUUACUGCAGUGAAAUUGUUAUACCUUGGUUAAGAUGCGUACAUAUGUUCGUCAGCACAUCUGAGAUGGCAAAUGCUUUCUCCGUUUUGCUUUGCUCCUCUGUUGUUCAUCCUCGGUGAGAGUGCAUCCCCUUGCCCCACCGCUCUUCCGAUUGUCAUUUUGUUGCUUCUUGUACUCGGAGUGUGGCUGCUCGAUCUUUAUAAAGCAUUGCGAUGACGUGUACACAUCUAACCAUGCAGGACUUGCUUUGUGAGAGCCUUGAUGACCUGCAUCAGUUCCCACCGAGUCAACAGCUACACAUAUUAAAUAGUCUUAUGCUAGGAUCUGAUUGACAGCUUGUAUGUGUAGUCGAUGGUAGAAAGAAAACCUUUCCUAAAUCCAACUUACUCACGUGUUUGCUUGACUUUAUAAAAUGUUCCUUACUUAAUCCACUCUCAGAUCACGAGCAGAAACAUUUAUAUUUACCCUUGUAGAUUACACAACAACCCACCGUUGACUUCUCGACAACAUGGUACAGUAUUAAUUUUAUCGACCCCAGAGCGAUGACGGGGCGAGUCAAUCCCCAACCAGGAUUUGAGCACGUGACCAUCGGCGUGCAAGGCACUCAGCUGAAUCGGUGAGCCUCCUUGCCAGGUUGUUAAGCCAUUGACUCGGUGCAAAGUUCAGCUGUCACCCUUGCGGGUAAAGAUGAUGAUGAGAGCCACGUGAAUACUGCUCUUCGAGGACGGUGCUUCAAAUGCACCAACACACGCGUGGUGUCAGAGGCAGGUCUAGGAGGUUCCAACCCGGUGGUAUGGUCCCUAAAUCCCAAGCUGUUUGAAAAGGGCCCUGCACUCAUUAUAUUUUUUGGACAAACGUAUUCCAAAUAUUUUAUCUAGUAAAUACCAAUUUUGGGCACUCAAUGUGGGGUGAAGAGGGAGGGUGGGGGCGCAUGGGGGAGGGGUUAUGCCCUCCUCCCCCGUGUCCCCUCUAGAAUCCACCACCGGUGGUGUGUUCCACUCAUGAUGUAUGCCAAUGUAUUUUAUAAAUACCAUGCAGUUAAUCAUCGAUUAUCCGGCUGCUUCCAACAUUAUCCGGCGGUCCGGGGCCGAUCCGGCGAAACCGGCAGAAGCGCUCCAAAUGCUGUAACCCAGAUCCGGCGAUCGGCACCGCGUGCGUGACAUUAAAAGAAAAGUAGCUACGCUUGAUUUUAGUGUCAAAUAUUCUCUACAGUACAUUAUACACUGCAUACGCCAACGUAAACAACGCAAAAUGCUACACUAUACAAAAUGUUCAUGACUAAUUAACUAUAGUAAUACAAAAAUAGGAAAUAUAAAAUGCGAUCCUGCAAAAAGUGCGUUGUGUAAUUCGGUGUGCAGCGGAUCACCGCUCUAAAGGGCUGUAUCGGUGUGGCGAUCGUCCCACACGUGGUUGUGUUGAAACGAGCGUAGGUACGUACAUCACCCCAUGCAGUUUUCGAGAUUUGUAGUAAUAAGUACGCUACGGUAAAUACAUAAAUUUUUUACAGUAUUUUUGUCUAUUUGGUAUGUUCAUGCCAAUUUCAUAUAGUAAACAAAUUUAAAACACAAAAAACAUGCGCAACACCUAAAAACAUUUCACGAAAAAAUGUGCCAAAAUAAGCUAUUUUAAAUAAUGCCCGUAUCAAAGUAGGGAAAACAAGCCAAGGCUGUCUCUGGUGUAGUCCAAUCACUUGCAAAGACAAUACAUAGAUAAUCGGAGCAAAUUUUGUUUGCAUGUUCGCCAUAAGUACGUGUGGUUAAUGCAGACUCGAUUUCUUGCUCAAGGUUUCUAUUUGGUGUUCGAACAUCUUAACAUCUGUUUUAUUUCCAGAAAGAGGAAAACAUAUUCUUAUUUUUCAUGUAAAAACAAUAGUGAUUAUCCGUCGUUUUUGCAAAUCCGGCGCCCCUCCUUACCCCCCCCCCCCCACCCCUCGAAGCCAUCGGAUGACAGUGUAAAAACUAGAUUUGCUCCUGGUAGUAAGUGUUAUUUCCUAAUUGCGUAUGCCUCAAAGGUACGAAAAAUGUCUAUUAUUCCCCAUAAACCUUGCUUUUGUGACCAGGACGGUGAUAUUUUGAUAUUUACUUAUUUUCAAUGAGAAAAUGUAUGCAUUUGUGUAUUUUCGUUCACGUAAAGUCCUGGUCACAAAAGUAAAGCUUUCGGGGAAUAACAGCAGUUUUAUAUACUUUUUAGGCAUAAACAAUGAAAAAAAUAACACUUAGUACCCAGGAACAAAACUUGUGUUACAUAGUGUAAUCGACGAUCCAAUGUACGUACAUGACAAGUCAUGUACCCCGCUGAUGUACAAAGCAAUGCAUACCGAUGUAAAUUAAACAGCGUGAUAAAUGAGUAGGCAGGCACACUGCCUGAACGCCUGACAGCUGAUGGAGGCGCUUCUCAAUGCUGACGUUGACAAAUGGAUUUUGGCCUGAUGCGCUCUCUCACACGUUCGUGUGUGCAGUUCGAAACUGAAGGCCCGUGUUCCGUUCAACGUGCAGCAGCUGCUGCGUUGCUCAUCCUGAGCUGCAUGACUUACCAACGUAGCGCCCUUACAAUCGACAGAGUUAAUGGUAUGUACGCAUGGGUGUACCCGCAAGCCUAAUACUCAAACGUAUUAUGUGAUGACAGUGCAUUUUGUUGAAUGUUGUAGUUGCAAUUCUCCGUGGAAACGCACUGCACUCACACCCUGGUGUUGCCUAUAUGCCCAGCUUGCAUCUUUUCAUCAGCAGCUCUUCGUAACGUGUCGUUUGUGUGGAUGGAGACGCGCCACGUUACUGUCUGUCCAUGCGCAGGAGGCAAAGGUUUUGACAGACAGGUAUUAUGUAUCUUCUUGGUUCUUUCGGUAAAGUCACGUAGAAUGGGAAUAAUAAAAUAAUAAAAAUAAAACGUAAUAAAAUAAUUCUCACGACGAUAUUAUGUAUUUAGUCCACGGGCCGGAGCAGAAAGGGAGCAAAACUUUAGUCGUGCCCAUGUAUUCCCUCCACGUUUAGAAACAUACGUCUGAAGGAUUUGUCUGCUGUAAAUGUGCACGUGACAAGCCACUUUGUCGAGCUAUUGUUUGUGGCCAGGUCGUUUCUUUAAAAAAAUAUCUUACAAAAUAACUCAGUGGACCCUACCUGCUGAAAUAAAAAUAGUAGGAGUAUUUGCACAUCCAAUGAAAGCGAAUUGCUCGAUAACCCAUGCAAUUUCACAUGGUUAUGGCAUUAUCUAAUUCACCAUUAGGGGCCCCGUCCAUAAAUGAUGUCAGGCACCUAGGGGGGGGGGGUGGUCAGACAUUUGUGACGAUGUGUGACGAGGGGGGGGGGGGGGUUGACAAAUGUGACGUCACA